AUGAAGGUCACACCCAGCCUCAAAGCCUCCCUCCGCACAUCCCUCCAGCACCUAACCCAGUUUCCUGAUCUCCAGCGACGCUUCAACGUCUUAAGGGAGGAACUAGCUACUCUAGGCUACAGGCUCUACUCCUAUGGAAACAGCGCGCCGCCACAUUCCAAACUAUAUCAAGAUAUAUGGGCACUGAGAAAUAUUAUCCUGGGACACCGCAGCGCCAUGAAAACCCUCGUUAUCGAGAUGAACGACAUGUAUAAGAGUGGAUGCAUCACUGCAGCUCAGGCUAUAUUUACAAUUCGUGAGGGCGAGUUACUGCGAAAUGGAAGCCCUGAGCUGGAGGCUUUGGUGAUGGUUACGGGGUUUGAUGCGAAGUGGGGACGGGUGAAUGGGAUGUGGAAUGAGGCCAUGGGCUUUUCGGCACAAGUUGAUUAUCUUGGAAAUUGUUGUCCUUGA